UAAAACCAAAGAAUGAUUUUGAGCCUCGUUUAAACUCGAGGGGAGUAACAACACGUCUAUGGUUUAUCUUAAUAAAUACUGUUCUUAAUGUCCUAAUGUCUCUUUUCAGUGAAGAAAGUGGCUUUCUCUGCUGCGUUGCUGGAGAAAGGUGAUCAGAUGUUUGGACCGUUUAAUGCUGAUACGACUCUUGUGUAUAAAUAUGUUACUACAAACAUUGGAAAUGGCUACAACCCAGUAACAGGCAUCUUCACAGCUCCGGUUAAAGGAGUGUACCACUUUCAGUUUUUUGCGCAGUGCUGUAGUCAUCCAGCUGAAGCUUAUCUGAUGAAGAACGGGUGUGGUGUGUUUAUGGCCCAUGAGAGCAGUGAGGGCGGGUCCACCUCUGCGGGGAACGCAGUCUCACUCUCUCUGGACCUUGGAGAUGUGGUUUAUGUCGUUUUACCUUGCGGCCGCAAACUUCACGACAACGACCAUCACCACAACACGUUCAGCGGUCACCUGCUCUUCACACUGUGAUGUGCCGCUCACAGGGGCAGCAGUCGGGACCUCCAGACUUCCCUCACCCCAGACAUCCUCCAGGGAUUGAGAAUCAUGUUGACAUAUCAAAGCACGCGAUAAUAAAUAAAACUUUAAUGUCUUAA